ACACUCUCAAAGACAAACGUUUUGGACUCGAAACAAAGAGAAGAGGCUCAUCUAUACCAGUAAUUAUAUCGAACCCAUCUUGGGAUUCUUGCACCAAAGCUGUCAUUCACAGGAUUUCUGUGAGUGAAUUAUGUUUUUGUGUUAAUGGGCUGCUAUUGUUCAAAGCCAGAGAAAACUCCGGGCUAUGAGGACCCUGUAGUUCUUGCUGCUGAAACACCUUUUACAGUGAGUGAAGUAGAAGCCUUGUAUGAGCUUUUCAAGAAAUUGAGCAGUUCUAUAUAUGAUGAUGGGCUCAUCCACAAGGAAGAAUUUCAACUAGCGCUCUUCAGGAACCAAAAUAAGAAGAAUCUUUUUGCAGAUAGGAUUUUCGACUUGUUUGAUGUCAAGCGCAAUGGGGUUAUUGAUUUUGGAGAAUUUGUUCGAUCAUUGGGUUUCUUUCACCCCAAUGCACCUGUAGAAGACAAAAUUGCAUUUGCGUUUAGACUGUAUGAUCUGAGACAAACAGGAUUCAUUGAACGAGAGGAGUUGAAGGAGAUGGUGUUGGCACUUUUGCAUGAAUCAGAUUUGUUACUUUCAGAUGAUGUAGUCGAAGCCAUUGUGGAUAAGACAUUUAGUGAUGCAGAUAAAAAAGGAGAUGGGAGGAUUGAUCAGCAAGAGUGGAAAGAGUAUGUUUUGAAGCAUCCAACUUUGAUCAAGAAUAUGACUCUACCAUAUCUAAAGGACAUAACACUAGCUUUCCCUAGCUUUGUAAUGAGUUCUGAAGUUGAAGAUUAUGAAAUGUGAGGAUUCCAUGGAGUCGUUAAGAAUUUCAUGUGCCAAGAUGGUAAUUGAAACGAAUGACGACACUCCAUUGAAGCUACUCACGUUUACAAUGAUAUCUUUAGUUUAUGAAGAACCCAUGAAGCACGGCUCACAGAUAAGCCAACUCAUCCGCAAGUUGCGUUUCUGAGUCCUAUCUUCAAAAUCCCAACCGGUUCUUGAAUUCCACUGUAGGCAUGGAUUAGUGUAUAUAUCGUCCAUAUAUGUGCAGGUGGGAGUAAAAUUAUAUAUGUAAGUCAAUCUCUGCACAAAAUGAGGGUUUUGUUUCAAUGUUUUGUAACACCAGGAGUCCUGUGAUAAGUUUAUAUAUGUAAGUCAAUCCUUGGACACAGACACAUUGUCCAAGUUCUUCUCUUCCAAGAUAAGGCAAUGCUAGAACAUUGUUUGCUGGCAAUGCCAUACCUUUGAAAUUUGUUAUUAUACAAAACCAUCUACCAAGGAGAUAAGAACUGAGACAA